AUGGUGAAGGAAGACGAGAAGAAGCCCACCGCCGCCGAGAAGGGCAAGGGCAAGGCAGUCAACGGCGAUGCAGAGAAGAAGGAGGACACAAAGGCAGAUGGCAAGGACAAGAAGGUCGAGACAACUGGCGGUAUCGGCGGCAUGUACAAUGAAUGCAUACUGAUGGCGAACACAGAGGAGCUCAGCGAGGAAGACCAGCAGCUGAAGAGCGAAUUGGACAUGCUGGUAGAGCGGAUACUGGAAUCCGACUCCAGCCUCUACAAGCCCGCGCUCGACCAGGUCAAGGAGUUCAUUAAGACAUCAACGAGCUCCAUGACAGCAGUGCCCAAGCCGCUCAAGUUCCUACGACCCCACUAUGAGAGCCUCGAGAAGCAGUAUGCGUCAUGGCCAGAGGGCGAGAACAAGCAAUCGUUCGCCGAUAUGCUUUCAGUCCUUGGGAUGACGUACUCAGACGAGGAGCGCCUCGACUGCUUGAAAUACCGCUUGCAAGCGCCGUCUACAGAUCUAGGCUCGUGGGGACACGAGUACAUGCGCCACCUUGCGCUCGAGAUUGGCAGAGAAUUCCAGAACCGCUUGAACGACGACAAGUCGACAGACGACGUUACCGAUCUCGCUUCGAAUCUCGUUCCCUUCUUCCUCAAGCACAACGCCGAGGCCGAUGCGGUGGAUAUCCUGUCUGAGCUGGAGAUGAUCGACCAGAUCGAGCAGUACAUCGACGAGAACACAUAUGCGCGAGUCUGCUUGUACAUGGUUGGUAUCGUGCCCCUGCUCACAUACCCUGAUAACGACAAGUUCCUCCGCACCGCAUACCAGAUCUACCGCAAAUACAACCAGUACACACAGGCGGUCGCAUUGGCGAUACGUCUGAACGACAGGGACCUGAUUGAGGAGGCGUUCAAUUCGACAAAGGACAAGGCUAUUCGAAGACAGAUGGCCUUCCUCAUUGCGCGACAGCGCAUCUGGUUCGAUGUGUCGGACGAUGAUGACGCAGAGCUCCAAGAGUGCUUGAACAACUCCAGGUUACCAGACCACUUCAAAGCGCUCGGCAAGGAGCUAAACAUCCUCGACCCGAAGACCCCCGACGAUAUUUAUAAGACACAUCUCGAGAGCAGCCGGACAGCAGGCCUGACCAACACCGAUUCGGCAAGGCACAACCUUGCGUCAGCAUUCGUCAACGCAUUCGUCAACACGGGAUACAGCAACGAUAAGCUCAUGCUGAACUCGGACAGUAAGAGCAGCUGGGUUUGGAAGACCAAGGAGGAGGGCAUGCUUUCCACGACGGCAUCUUUGGGUAUGCUGAUGUUGUGGGAUGUCGAGACCGGUCUGGACAAGAUCGACCCCUACACGACCGUUGACGACGACAUGGUCAAGGCUGGUGCUAUGCUUGCUACUGGUAUCUUCAACUCGGGUGUGCGCAUGGACUCCGACCCUGCGCUGGCCCUGUUGGGUGACGAGGACAACCUUUCGCACAAGAACAAGAACAUCCGCCUCGCUUCCAUCAUGGGUCUUGGUCUUGCAUACGCUGGCUCGAACAAGGAGGAGCUUCUUGAGCUUCUUCUGCCUAUUGUCACCGACACAAGCCUGGACAUGCAGCUCUCAGCAAUGGCGGCUUUGUCGCUUGGUCUGAUCUUCGUCGGUUCUGCCAACGGUGAGGUCACAGAUGCGCUGAUGAACACCCUCCUGGACGAGGACCGGUCGGACCAGCUCAAGGACAAGUGGACACGCUUCAUGUCACUUGGUCUCGCGCUCCUUUUCUUCGGCCAGCAAGAGGAGGUUGACGUCAUUCUGGAGACUUUGAAGGCGCUCGACCACCCCAUGGCAAAGUCUGCCUCUGUAUUGACCGAGGUCUGUGCAUGGGCAGGUACCGGUGCGGUCUUGAAGAUCCAACAGUUGCUCCACAUCUGCAACGAGCACAUCGAGGAUGACAGCGAGGAGAAGAAGGGAGAUGAGCUGCUCCAGUCAUAUGCCGUUAUUGGUCUGUCACUGGUGGCAAUGGGUGAGGAUGUAGGUCAGGAUAUGAUCCUCCGAACUCUGGGCCAUCUAAUGCACUAUGGCGAGGCCAACAUCCGAAAGGCUGUCCCCCUCGCUCUGGGUCUCAUCAGCCCCAGCAACCCCCAGAUGAAGAUCUACGACACACUAUCACGAUACUCUCACGACAACGACAAUGACGUCGCGAUAAAUGCUAUUUUCGCCAUGGGUCUGUGUGGUGCUGGUACCAACAACGCUCGUCUUGCACAGCUCCUCCGACAGCUGGCGAGUUACUACCACCGCGACCCUAACGCGCUGUUCAUGGUGCGCAUCGCGCAGGGUCUCCUGCACAUGGGCAAGGGCACACUCUCGGUCAACCCCUUCCACACUGACCGCCAGGUACUGUCGCGUGUCGCAGCCUCAGGUCUGCUGACCGUCCUCGUCUCGCUCAUCGACGCCAAGUCAUUCAUCGUUGGCGACUCACAUUUCCUCCUCUACUACCUUGCGACAGCCAUCUCGCCACGCUUUCUCAUCACACUUGAUGAAGAGCUCAAGCCGCUUACCGUCAACGUGCGUGUUGGUCAGGCUGUCGACAUUGUUGGGCAAGCUGGUCGACCGAAGACCAUCACCGGCUGGCAGACACAGAGCACACCUGUGCUGCUGGCACAUGGUGAGAGGGCAGAGUUGGAAGACGAGAAGUACCUCGCUUUGACGAACGUGCUGGAGGGUGUGGUUAUUCUGAGAAAGAACCCUGAAUGGGAAGAGUAA